GUCUACUUUCCGUUGGAUCCGUCCAUCAUGUCAAUCCCUCGCCUUGCCCGUAUCCCUCUCCGUACCACCUCACGCUCUUAUGCUACAACUGCUGGUCUAAACGCCCUGGCACGCGCAAAGGCAGAAAGUCUCAGCGCGACCUGGAAGGGUACUAGUGCAACUGGAGGUAACACUAAGAAUUUCAUUGGCGGAGCCUUUGUCGACAGCAAGACAACCCAAUGGCAUGAUGUGCUUGACCCUUCGACCCAAACACUGCUCACACGCGUCCCCGAGACGACCACGGACGAGUUUGACCAGGCAGUCGAUGCUGCUAGUCAGGCAUUCAAGUCAUGGAGCAAGCAGAGUGUUCUCGCUCGCCAACGCUUUGCCAUAGAACUUCAGCACCAAAUCCGUGAGAAUGCAGAUGUACUUGCACACAGUAUCGUCCUUGAGCAGGGGAAGACACUUGCAGAUGCUCAUGGUGAUGUCCUACGUGGUCUUCAGGUCGUCGAAACUGCCGUCGGGAUCACCUCCAACAUCGUCGGCGAGAAACUUGAAGUCAGCAAAGACAUGGACACUGAGGUCCGAAAGCUCCCUCUCGGUGUCUGCGCGAGCAUCGCACCUUUCAACUUCCCGGCCAUGAUUCCCCUCUGGACAAUUCCCCUCGCUACCGUUACUGGUAACACCCUCAUCCUCAAGCCGUCUGAGCGGGACCCUGGCGCAGCCAUGAUUAUUGCUGAGCUCUGUGCCCGUGCUGGCCUCCCCGAAGGUGUGGUGAAUGUAGUACAUGGGACGGUGCCCGUGGUCAAUAGAAUCUGUGACGAUGAGGCCAUCAAGGCGGUGAGUUUCGUGGGGGGGGAUCGUGCGGGAAGACAUAUAUAUGAGAGGGCCACGAAGAACGGGAAACGUGUACAGGCAAAUCUAGGUGCAAAGAACCAUGCGGUAAUCAUGCCGGACGCAAAUAAGAAUCUUGCACUCAAUUCCAUUAUCGGCGCUGCAUUCGGCGCUGCGGGACAAAGGUGUAUGGCAGUCUCAGUAGCCGUUCUCGUUGGUGCAGCCCAAUCAUGGCUUCCUGAGCUUGUAGAGCGCGCAUCGAAGCUGAACGUGAACGGAGGAUUUGAAAAGGGUGCAGAUCUCGGCCCCCUCAUCUCUCCCGCUUCCAAAGCUCGCGUCACGGGUCUCAUCGAGUCCUGUUCAGAGGAAGGAGGGCGAAUCCAUCUUGACGGGAGGAAUGUCCAGGUCCCUGGGUACCCAGCUGGCAACUUUGUAGGUCCGACAGUUCUGGAGGGAACAGUGGGGAUGCGUUGCUACCGCGAAGAAAUAUUCGGCCCUGUGCUUACCGUGAUUACCUCGGACACGCUGGACGAUGCGCUCAGCAUCAUCAAUGAAAACAAGUACGGGAACGGUGCUGUGAUCUUCACGCAGUCGGGCGCGACAGCGAGGAAAUUCGAAUCGGGGGUUAAUGUGGGGCAGAUUGGCAUCAACGUCCCAAUUCCUGUUCCUUUGCCUAUGUUCGCGUGGAGCGGUAACAAGGGCAGUGUGCUCGGAGAUAUCGGGUUCUAUGGGAAGAGUGGAAUUAAUUUCUACACGCAGAACAAGACCACGACGAGUCUCUGGCGCCAGGAAGAUGCCAUUGGCAACAAGGCGUCGGUGGAUAUGCCUACACAUCACUGAGCGUUGAGCUAUGGCUAUGGCAUGUACUGGUGUUAGGUCCUGACCCUUGACCGCCAGAUCACAGAAUCGUAUGAAAGAGGUGGAAUAAAGACUAAGGAAAAAUUUAACAAACUAGUCUGUUAUGCAUUCGUCACGCGAUAUUCCUAUCAUUAAUCAUUUGUACAUCUCACAUCUUCAUGGAAUUAUGUUGUUUCCUGCUCUGCCCAACAUGAUCGCGUAGUUCACUUCAUCUGAUCCAAUACGCAUAUUCUGAAGCGCAGAAGAUAUUUUCCGUCCCCCUACGUUAUUAAUAUCGAGCAUCAUACAGUCCUAUCUGAUGAAUUGCUGCCAG